UGAGCUCAGCAGGCGGAAUGUAGCUGAUAAAUCAGAGAUAACCCGCAGCUGGACAUCCAGCUCCAGGAUAAAAGGCGGUGGUUGCCCAGGGAGCCAGGAGAGCGCCUGCCCGCCCCCAGGAGGUGGGACAAAACCCCCAAGGUAGCACAACAGCGGCAGCAGCCUACCCCCAUCUCCAGCAACAUGAACCUCCCCAUGGCCACGGCCACGCUGUCCCGGGCUUUCCUGCUUCUCCUUCUUCUGCACCUGUUGCUGCUGGAAGGUCAUUCUCACCCACUGGGUCGGCCCAGUCCGGCCUCGGAAGUGCCUGGGAUACAGGAGCUGCUGGAUCGUCUGCAGGACAAAGUCUCUGAGCUGCAGGCAGAGCAGAUGGCCCUGGAGCCCCUCCAGCAGAGGCAGGGCCCCGCAGAAGCCUGGGAGACCUGGGAGGCAGCCCCUGCAGGUGUCCCUGGGAUCCACGAAAAGCGCCUUCAGGCCCUGCGGGGUCUACACAGACCCAAGAUGAUGCGCAACUCAGGCUGCUUUGGACGGAGGCUGGACCGGAUCGGCUCCCACAGUGGCCUGGGCUGCAAUGUGUUAAGGAGAUAUUAACAGGGAAGAGGAAGUUCUGGCUGCAGACACCUGCUUCUGGUUUGGAAAGGGGCUCUUUCCCCAACUCUGUGACCCCCCCCUCUGAAGAGACUCCUGUUUAUUUUUAUUUAUUUAUUUAUUUAUUUAUUUUGGUUGUUUUAUGUACCAUCGUUUCUUAACUUUGACCACAAAAUUUCCAUGGUUGAAAUAAA